UUGAAUUUAAUUAAUUAAUUCAAGUUGCCAUACCAUUUUUUAUUAGUAGCCCAAACCCCCGUCUUCUCUCUGUUUUCUCUCACUCUAUCUCAUGGAGCCUCGCUACUGUAAGCCUGUAAUCAUUUUAACCCUCUUAAUUUCAGUAGCAACUACAACAACAGGUUUAAAGGCUUGCAAUUUUCCAGCCAUUUUUAACUUCGGUGAUUCCAACUCAGACACUGGCGGCCUUUCAGCGGCAUUCGGUCAAGCUCCUUCCCCGAAUGGAGAGACGUAUUUCCACACCCCAGCCGGUCGUUUCUCGGAUGGUCGUCUCGUUAUUGAUUUUAUAGCUGAAGGCUUGAGAUUGCCUCAUCUCAGUGCCUUUCUGGACUCUGUGGGAUCAAACUUCAGCCAUGGGGCUAAUUUUGCUACCGCUGGAUCAACAAUUAGGCCUCAGAACACAACCAUCUCACAAAGUGGGUACAGUCCCAUUUCACUAGAUGUGCAAUCCGUUCAGUACUCAGAUUUCCAUAGAAGAUCUUCACUACUUUCGAGACAAGGAGGAGUAUUCGCAGAGUUGGUGCCCAAGGAGGAUUAUUUCGCUCAGGCAUUGUACACCUUUGACAUUGGCCAAAAUGAUAUCACAUCUGGUUACAAACUAAACAUGACUACUGAUCAAGUCAAAGCAUAUAUUCCUGAUGUCCUGCACCAGUUCUCCAUUGCCAUUAAGAAUGUAUAUAGUCAAGGAGGGAGAUCAUUUUGGAUACACAACACGGCUCCACUGGGUUGCCUUCCAUAUAUUUUGGACCGCUUUCUUGUUACAGCAGCUCAAAUAGAUAAAUACGGCUGCGCCACUCCCUUCAAUCAGGUGGCUCAGUUCUUCAACACUAAACUUAAAGAAACCGUAAUUCAGCUGAGAAAAGGUCUUCCUUUGGCUGCAAUUACCUAUGUAGAUGUCUACUCUAUCAAGUAUAUUCUUAUCACUCAAGCCCAAAAACUAGGAUUUGAGAAGCCUCUAAUAGCGUGUUGUGGUCAUGGUGGGAAGUAUAAUUACAACGGGCACAGAAAAUGUGGUAGCAAGAUUACUGUAAAUGGGAAGGAGAUUGUGAUUGCAAAUUCGUGCAAAAACCCAUCUGUUCGAGUAAACUGGGACGGGGUCCAUUACACAGAGGCAGCCAACAAGUGGUUAUUCAAUCAACUGGUGAAUGGCUCGUUUUCAGACCCACCACUCCCCUUGAGAAUGGCUUGUCAAAGAAUGGACCACUAAUAUCAGUUCACUUUUGCCUUUCAAAAGAUAGGAAUGGAGUAACCUUUUACACAGUAAUAGGUAAGAGGUUUUAUUUAUUGGGCUUAGUUGCUGUCU